AUGGAAGUGCACAAUAAUAAUAAUAAUAAUAAUAAUAAUAAUAGUGAUAAUAGUGAUAAUAAUAAUAAGAACAGCAGUCAUAACAACCGUCAAAACCAUAACAUCAAUGAUAGUAACAACCAAGACAAUAGGACAAUUAUUGCUAGCACUACAACCACUGACACAGUUACUACCAAUAAAAAUAAUGAUUACAACAAGAAUAUGAAUAACAUAAGACAAGAUUCAUUCGUGCAAAAUGUUAACAGUAAUCAUAACACAGCAAAUGAUACAUAUAACCAAUUCUUGCAAAAUUUAACACAACAACAGCAGCAGCAGCAGCAGCAGCAACUCCAAAAAGAUCUAAACCAACCUUCUAUAAAUAACAUUAAAAAUAUAGAUAUUCUAUUGCAACAAUAUGGCAACGACUUUAAUAAUACUAGUAAUAACAAUAUCAGUAAUAUGAAUUCCGGACAUUCUAUACCAAAUGGCCUGGUAAAUCCAAUAUGCAUCACUUGCUUGCAAAAUAAUUGGAAGUGCAAAUGGAUACCUGAUUUAGGUAAGUGUGCGCAAUGUGAAGGUAUACAAUGGAAAUGUGAACUUAUUAAUCCGAAUUUUUUACAAAUGGCUAAUGCAGUCACUGACUUGGUGAACAAUAACAUUUUAUCCAAUCAGAAUAUUUUGAAAAGAGAUUAUUCGGUUCAAAAUGAAAAUGUGAAAAGACACAAAAGUAAUAAUUUAUCUAACAAUAAUAUUAAUAAUAUCAAUAAUAUCAAUAAUAAUCAUAGCAAUAAUCAUACUAAUAAUAAUAAUAAUCCCUCUUCUUCUACUCCAAAUAAUCAUACUGUUUACUCCAAUUUUAUAACAAAUUUAUACAAUUCCAUGUCACCAACUUUCAAUAACACUAAUAAUAACAUUCCAAAUAACUUAAAAUAUAUAUAUGAUAAUAACAAUAAUAUCACUAAUACAAUCAAUAUGACUAACUUUCCAACUGUAAAUAUAAAUACAUCACCUGCCCAAACACAAUAUCCACGUUCAUCCUUUUAUGUGGGGCCAACUUCAGUCUACGAUAUCAAUAUUAUUAACAGCAUUACAUCACAUAAUAAUAGCAGUAAUAGGAACAACAACACUCAUGCCCCUCAUUUGCCGAUUGUCACAGAUCAAAUUCAAAUAUCGAAUUCAUCUUCAAUAAGAAAGGUGUCUCCAAUUACACAAUUUUUACUUAGAGAUGAUUCCAAUCAAUCACUAUAUUUAAGGCAAGAACAAGAAGUUGAUAUGGUAGAAGCAUUAAUUUAUCCACACGGAAAGAUACUCAUCGAUAUCUUCUUUAAAUUAAUACAUCCAUAUUUCCCAAUCUUACAUGAAAGAGUCUUCUUAGAAAAAUAUUCAAGAUCUUAUAGAGAACUAACUGCACCUUUAUUGGCAUCAAUAUAUUCAUUAGCCUUACAAUGGUGGGAUUUCCAUCCUAAACUGAUUGGUUUUAAAAAGCCAGAUCUCAAUGUAGUGAACAAAUUAAAUGAUUUGGCAUUCACGACUUUCUUUAGUAGAAUUGAUUAUCCAAAACUAUCAAUGAUUCAAACUGGUCUAUUAAUAUUACAAUGUAGAACCAACCAGCCAAAUAAUUGGGUAAUUUGUUCAACUUUAGUAGCAUUAGCAGAAGAAUUAGGGUUGGGUGUAGACUGUGACGAUUGGAAAUUACCUAGAUGGGAAAAAGAUUUGAGAAAACGAUUGGCAUGGGCUGUUUGGUUACAAGAUAAAUGGAUCGCCUUAAUUGAGGGAAGGCAUUCGCAUUUGAUUUUAGGUAGAAAUUGGUUGGUUAAAUUACUGAAAGGAGAUGAUUUUCCACAAAGUUCACAUACAAUUGAUAUGCAGCGUAACUAUAACAAUCCUAACAAUCUUAAUUCAAAUAACUUCUCAGGAAAUAAUAUUAAAAAUGUCAAUGAUAACGAAAAUAAUAACAAUAUGAUGACAAAUAAUGAAGAUCUAUUAGGAAAAAAUGAUCUGGACAGUGCAAAUCCUGCAUUUUCCUCAGUCAUAAUGAUGGAUUCUUUAGCUUUAAUGGAUGUAAAUAUUACCAAAGAAGAUUUUGACAAUGGAAAUCUAAUGUUCCAACAAAUGAUAUCGUUAAGUAUUAUUAUUGGCGAAAUUAUGGACACAUUUUAUACCCAAGGAGCAAUUCAUGUUAAUACGUCUAUUGAACAAGUAUUAAAAAUGGCUAAGCCUUUACAGUUAAAAUUAAGAGAAUGGUAUCAUUCUUUACCAUCACAAUUAUCUAUGGCAAGAUUUGUACCUAGAAAAUUUAAUUCUAAUGCAUCAUUAACAUUAUCAUAUUUUACUGCAGAAAUAACAUUACAUCGUAAAAUCAUUUCCUCAUUAUUUCAAAAUUCAAAAGAUAUUCCAAAAGAAUUGACGCAUGUUUGUAGAACGGCAGCCAAAACUAGAUUGAUUGCUGCUAUUGAAUUCGUCAGAGAUUUAAAAAAUGAACAUAUCAAUUCAUUUUGGUAUUCUAAUUCUACAGGGAAUUUUAUGUUAAUUGGUACAUUUGCAGCUCUAUUAUAUGUUACGUCACAAACUAAAGAAGAAGCAACCAUGUAUAGAGAUUUGCUGAGAAAUUACAUAUGGAUAUUAAGGGUCGGGUCUAAAUCUUUUGAUAAAUUGAAAAUUGUACUUGACAACAUACAUCAAUUACUAACACAGGUACCUGGUCUGUUGACAGAUGUAACACCUCUGAUAAGUGAUUUCAUUCCACCACCUUUAACAUCAUCAUCUAAUGCAGUUAGACCUGGAAGUAUGCCUAAUACCACUCAGCAACAAAUGUACAACCAAUAUUCAAAUGGAUCCAAUCCAUCACAUCAAGGCUCUUCUUCAUCACCAACAAUAGCGGAUCAAGGUUCACGUCCUCCAUCAGUUUUACAAAAUAAUAUUUCCAAUAAGAUUAAUAAUAGUAAUAAUAAUAGUAAUAGUAACAACAACAAUAAUAAUAAUAAUAGUAAUAAUAAUAAAACGAACCACUUGACAAGCAAUUUGAAAAAUGUAGCGGAACAGAUAUCACCUGAAGAUUUCUUAUACCCAGUUAUGGCGCAAAGCCCAUCUAAUAAAACUAAUGUAGUCUUAACACCAAGGCCACUUGGUAAAACACCUAUCUUUUCGAUACCAAGUCAUAUGAAUGACAGUUCUCCUAAUAAUGACAAUUAUAACAGCAAUAAUACCUCAACUCCAAACAACUCCAAAUCUCAACAACAGCAAGCUCAAUAUUCCCCUAGUUUACAAAGUCAGAUAUCUGAAACCUACAGUGUUGGUCAAGUUGCUAACCCAAGUGAAACUCCAAAGACAGAACCUAAUACAAAUAUUAUGGAUAUGGCUACAAUGAAAGAUAAUCAUAUUACUGAUGAUGUUAAUAGUAUAACCACUACAACUAAUGUGACUAAUAUUAAUAAUUCCACUUCUAUUGUAGACACCAACAUAAAUAAAAAAUAA